GUAAACUCUCAAUUUCGGUGUCCAUCAUGGUACGCGCAAGCUCAAACUUAACCUCCAAAUUUAAUGCAACUCGCUUCGCCGAUGAGUGCAACACCUGACAUUGCGGAGUAUAAAACCUUCCACCACCAGGCACCUCCCACCCUGUCUCGUUUCCCAACUAUUGAUCGCCUAAGGGGACGCAUAUUCUCACCACCUUUGUGUUUGAUGUUCGCAAAUGCCCAAAUCUCGUCGCUUUCAUUCUCACACGGCACCCCGUUAAAACACAUCGGGAUCAUGCACUACAGCCGCCUGCAUGACAAACCUACCACCACCCACGAGCAGUCUUCCCAGCAGCAGUCUUCCCAGUUCACCGACGCGCAGCAUCAUGCCGACAGAUGCGGAUUUCGAGAGGGUCUUCGGGGAGUUGUGCGACAACCGCCCUGGCUUAGAAGAGAUGAGCCAGCUUUUGCGUAAGGAAUGGCCAGACCGCGCCGACAGAAAAGCGUUCAAUGCCUGGCUCGACGCGAGAAGACGCCCACUGUUCUCAGUGAGCAACCUUGCUGCGAGCGAGCUUGUGGAAAAGGUUGAUGCCAUUUCCUUCCUGGACGACGCCGCAGUUGAUAUCCUCGACGACGAGAUGCACAAAGACUUUCGAACGUGGAUCGUCCUCGGCCGUAUCGGCAAAUAUCUCUACCGUCUUGCCCCCGAGUCGUACCGCCUUCGACCGCAGGUUCUAGAACUUCCUCCUACAAACCGGAAAGUUCUCCUAGAGUCCUUCCUCGCUGUGAAUUUGACAGUACAGCCUCGAGAGCCGUCGCUGCCUACCAAUCGGCGAAGGGCAAACAUGAGUGAAGAGUCGACUAUCACGGCUGAAUCCGAUGAUGUCAACUCCCCGGGUUUCGUCUUCUACCAGCUCGGCUACCUGGAGUAUAGCUGCUACAAAGUCCAAGACAUGCCCAAGAGCUAUGAAGAGGCUGAGAGGAGAGAGUGGUUCAAAACUGGGUUCAACGUGGUUGCUGAACUAUCUCGCUCCGGCACCGUUCGGUCCAUCUACCUCGUUUUCGACAUGUUUCCCGACGUGGAUGAGGAAUCCUGCGAGCGCUCUCAGUGGACGGGCUUGGACUGGGGCAGGCUGCCUUCUAGCAGGGGUGAUGAGCAGUUCUCAAUCGCGAGGAUUGGCAAACGGCUCGGCGAUUUUGGCUUGGACGUGGAGCUAGAGUUGACCGACUUGACUGAGCAUCCUGUCGAGCUAGUCCGGGUCGUCCUGUCGGCAGACGGUUAUCCGUUACCCAUCAAGGUUAAUCAGUAUAAUCGGAUUAAGGUCGAUGAGUGAGAGUUUGUGCUUGGUGUCGACUCCCACUGAGAUAGAUGGGUAGAAGAAGGUCCGCAAAACGGCUUAAUGAGAACGGAGCUGAGAGAAUGAAGGAGGAGUUGGAAGAAUGAAAGUUAAGAAAGAGGGUGAACAGAACUAGCAGGUCUUCCGAUUAUGGAGUGCAUGAAAAUUUGCGUUGCAAAUCUUGCAAGCGACAUACGUGAGAUCAGAUGACAGUGACGGCAGUAGCGAC